UCUGAUCGUCAGCACGAUCGAUUCAUGGCGAUCGUCGGGCAGUCCGAGAAAUCUUGGUGAAGAAAUUCUCGCGGAAAAAGAUCGUCGUCUAUCUCUUUCUUCGUCCUGCCGUGCACCGGUUUUGCUCUUCUUCUGCUUCUUCUUCGUCGUCGCUGCUGCUCCUCCGAGUCAGUGAAACGAGGCAGUGUUGAUCGAUCGAAAGCUCCAUCUUUGUGCAGGAGGUUUGAUCGGAAGCCCAAAGUUGAAAAGGCUCUUCGACGAUGCUUCUUUCUUUGGCUCGGUGUGCGGAUAGCUGUCUCCGAGGUUCUCUUAAUCUUGCUUCACCAUUGACGAACUGGAACACCGUGAAGGUUAUUUUCCUGUCUGUCUAAACGUGGAAAUCCUUUCGGACCGGAGUUUUCUUGGAAUUCGCUGGGUGGAAUAUGUGGCGAAGCGUCGAACCGAGGUCGUCGGAUUUGCGAAUUGAGAGGACUCUGACCAGCUGAAGCCGAGGUUCGAUUUGUGAAGAGCAUUUGGAGAAGGCCACUGACGGAAGCGGAUGCCAUUUGGAUAGGGUUGAUGUUCUUUUGGUGAGCGGGCAUUCUUGAAAUGCUGUCCAGACCUUAGUGUGACACUCAGCUAUGCAAGCGUUCGCUUCACCUGACCAAUGCGACGACGAACUUUUCCUUUCUGAUGAUUCACCUGUAGAGUCUGAUGAGGAAGGAGAGGAACAUGUCUGGACUUUGCAACCAGAAUCGCCUGACACAACCCAAUCUCGAGGAGAAGCCAAAUGUUCGACGUUCGAGCCUUGCCGCCGUGUGGCCAUGGAUAAAGUCACAGAAGCGACAUGUUCUGGAUUUUCAGUGGACGGAAGCUGGCUAGCUGUCGGCACGAGACGUGGACCCGUCCAGAUACACAGCGUCGGCGACGGAAGACUUGCUUUCUCAUUGGAUGUUUUGAGGGGUGGACUGAAGAGAUGGCCCUGCACGGCCCUGUGCAUUCGACCUUCUACACCGGGAGAUCCUUCUUACAAUGUUCUGCUUAGCUGUGAUUUGAGUGGGCAAAUACAUUAUUGGCACAUGACUUCUGGAAUGCAUCUGGGGACAUCGAAAGAGCACGAUAACAGCAUUUAUACCAUCGAUUACCAUCCAGCAGGUGUGAAGUACGCCACAUCGGGAAGUGAUUGUAAGGUUAGAGUUUAUGAUUCUUCCACGACGGUACUUCUGCAAACCUUGAGUGGAGGGAAUGGGGCGACCACAGCUGGCCACAGCAAUCGAGUGUUUGCUGUAAAAUGGCAUCCAGUGGAUGCCAACAUUGCUUUGAGCGGUGGGUGGGACAACACUAUCCAGAUUUGGGAUUUAAGGGAUGGCCACUCCGUGCGAAGCAUUUAUGGUCCAAAAGUUUGCGGAGACGCGAUAGAUAUCAGGGAUGCCGGGAACGUGAUUCUAAGCGGUUCGUGGAGGGGCUCUAAACAACUUCAGGAAUGGGACUUUGGGAGCGGUCAACUACUGAGAGAUAUCUCGUGGCCAACUGGGAAAGAGCAGACUUGCCGGGUUUACGCUGCCAAGUACGGAAGAGGAGUAUCGCAAGGGUUGUUCGUAGCCGGAGGAAGUGGGUCGAAUGAAACGUGUCUAUUCUCCGUGAAUACCGGACAGAUGGUUGCAAGACUGCCAGACGACGAUAAAGCUACAUAUUCCAUUUCCCUCUCGACGGAUGGGAGUCACAUGGCCGCCACAGCUGGAGACACUGUAAAGAUUGUGGAUCUGAAAGCAGAAUUAUCGGCUCCUCGGGAACAGGAAUCUCGAUCCGACGAACAAUCCAGCCCCUCCAAAACCAGACAAGUCUCAAGAACGAACGGAGAUCUAAGAGGAGAAAGAAAGACAAAAUUGCAGCCCUUGGGAUCCCGAGCGUUCAGGCACGUAGGCACUGUGGCUGCCUCUAUGAAGACAAGGUUUCCUGGCAGGAGCAGCUCCAAGGUGGAUCAUCAACCAGUGCCUUCUUCAAGAGCAUUUGCAGCUGCUCUUCCAAAGUUCAACGUCAAACCAAUUAUCUAGAGAAGUUGACCUUUCGCCUCCACUCAAGACACUGGUUGCCUGUGCCCUCUAUCAGAUCCAAGUAUCACUUUCUUGCAGUUGCAUUCCAACAGUCUCUGCGGAAUCUAGUCCUCAGAGAUAGGUCCAACCAAGAGUGAAAACAUUGCAUAUAUGGUUGAGCUUUAUCAUAGCAGCCAUGGAGCUGUAGCCAAUCAUGUAGAUCUUUGCACAAGAUUGUUGUCAUCCAUUGGGUGCCUUUGGGGGCAUGAUAUAUGACGGCCCGUUGGGCUGGCAUUCUUUUCACGUCUAGAUCAAGCUCUUGGAGUAUAAUUCUCUGUGCUCGCGACAUAACAUCAGCAGACAGCUUAUAUAUUCGAAAAAUGAGUAUGAGACGUUCAUCAGGCAAAAUGCUUGUGUACACUAAAUUUCUUUCGGUCUUAAAGGAUAUUAAAAUGAUGAUGC